AUGUAUCAUCCCAUACAAAUGAAACCCGCCGAUAGUGAAAAUCGUAAUGAACGCAAACUGUUCAUUGGCAUGCUAAAUAAGAAACUGAACGAAAACGACGUUCGAAAACUAUUUGAAGUCCACGGAGCCAUUGAAGAGUGUACGGUAUUGCGCGAUCAGAACGGCCAGAGUAAAGGGUGUGCCUUUGUGACUUACGCUACCAAGCAUUCGGCGAUAUCUGCGAUAAAAGUAACACUAAAUCAAAACAAGACCAUGGAAGGCUGCACCUCGCCAUUGGUAGUGAAAUUUGCCGAUACCCAAAAGGAAAAGGAACAAAAGAAAAUCCAACAGAUCCAGGCGAAUCUGUGGAAUUUGGCGACGAACAUGAAUAUACCCCUGGGACAGACAGCGACAACGGUCUCGACGCCGGCCAUAAUGCCAAGUACACCGCAACAGGCCAGUCCGGUGUUGGGAGCCGAUGCCAUAACCCCGGCCUCAUUGCAGCUGUUGCAACAAUUGCAGGCGGUGGGUCUGCAACAGCAACUAUUGCAAGGCCUGGGUGCACAAACAAAUACGGCGGACACAACGGCGGCCACAGCAGCGGCUGCUGCCGCCGGUCUACUACCUCCGAUGACUGUACAAAAUUUAGCUGCCCUUGCAGCCAUGACUCAAUCCUCAUUGACGAACACGGCCAACAAUCCGGGCAAUGCUCAAUUGACAAAUACAGCCGCCUUAUUGUGUCUAUUAGGAAAAUCUGCCAAUACAGGGGCUGAUGCCAAUAAUUUCGCAUCGGCUUACAUGUCAACAGCGGCCGGCUUACCACAAUUUGGUAGCACCGCCCUGACUACAUCACCAUUAGCCAGUGUUGCCUUAAGUUCAGCUGCAGCAGCUGCUGCUGGAAAACAGAUUGAGGGUCCUGAAGGCUGUAAUCUCUUCAUAUACCAUUUGCCGCAGGAAUUCACUGACACCGAUUUGGCAUCGACUUUCCUGCCAUUUGGAAAUGUUAUUUCCGCCAAAGUUUUCAUCGACAAACAGACAAACCUAUCCAAGUGCUUUGGCUUUGUAUCAUUUGACAAUCCCGAAUCGGCGCAGGUAGCCAUACGAGCAAUGAAUGGAUUUCAAGUGGGUACCAAGCGCUUGAAGGUUCAACUGAAAAAGCCCAAAGAUGCUUCAAAGCCCUAUUAGAGGAGAAGAAAACAAAAACAAAAUCAAGAAAAUGGCCAAAACGAAUGAAGAGGAGGAAAAGCAUCACAACAUGCACACACAAAAAAAUAAAGAAGAAAAUUUUUGCUGAGAAUUGGAGACGGAAGGAUAAUGUUGAUGGCUGAAACUGAAUGAAGUUAAUCAGGUGGUUAAUUUAGACCAUUUAC